AUGCAGAUACGGACGACAAGAGAUUCUAUUUCGGAGGUUAAACGUGAACUUGACACAGACAAAGCUGAUGUUGAGAUUGAGGAAGAGUGCCCUAUACUCUACAAGAUCAGUGAUUCACCUCCAUUCCAUCUUACCAUCUUCUUUGGAAUCCAGCAAAGUCUUAUAUCAAUCUCUUCGUUAAUCGUCCUACCACUGUUGGUUGCCGAAGCUGCCUGUGCCUUAGAAGACGGCAUUCUCAUUAGGAAACUUGUCGGUUCUACCUUAUUCUUGUGCGGUAUAACAACAUUUCUUCAAGUGAAUUUUGGAAUUCGGCUUCCAGUUUACCAGGGGCCAGCUGGAUCUUAUAUUGUACCGAUCAUUGCUCUGAAUAAGAUAGAUUCAAGCAGAUGUGAUAUCCACGCUAUGUUUCCUGGAGUGUUGAACUCAACAGCAAGCAAUGUCACUGAAGCUGAUCUACAAGCACAGUUGAUUGACAUACGCGUCAGAGAGAUUCUGAAAGUGCCGGAAUAUAUUGGCUUAAAUGGUGGCGAGCUGAAAUAUCCGAGAUGGCGGUCAAGAUGGCCUCCAUAA